AUGGACGUCGACGAUUUCGAAGCUAGAACAGCAACUUUCUCAUCAUGGCUCAAAGAAAUGGGCAUCCGGACUAAUCCUAAGAUGGCACUGGUUGACCUCCGUCAUGAGGGUCGAGGGCGAGGUGUCGUGGCCACAGAAGAUAUCAAGAAUGAUGAGCUAAUUUUCAGCAUCCCCCGCAAUGCCGUCCUAAAUGCUCAGAAUGCGAACCCUCUUCCAAUCUCGCGACGACUUUCGGAGAAGAUGCCGAGCUGGCUAGCGCUUACCUCGAUACUUAUGGCAGAAGGACAAGUAGACAACUCUAAAUGGGCUCCGUACCUCGCGAUACUACCAGAGCGAUUGGAUAGCUUGGUAUUUUGGUCGGAUAGCGAGCUCGCUGAACUGCAAGCAAGUGCGGUAGUUAAAAAAAUUGGGAAAAAGGGUGCAGAGGAUAUGUUCAACUCUUAUAUAGCUCCGCUUGGCUUGAAACAUUCUAGCACAGAGAUGUGUCACAAAGUAGCCUCUGUUAUUAUGGCUUACGCAUUCGACAUUCCGGAUCCCUCAGAAGCUCCAGCUACCGGUGGCAAAGGAGGAGAUGAAGACGACCUAAUCUCCGAUGACGGCGAAGAUGAGAAAACGAUAUUAUCUAUGAUUCCGUUGGCAGAUAUGCUUAACGCAGACGCAGACAGGAAUAACGCUCGCUUAAUCUGCGACAACGAGGAGCUAGAGAUGAGAGCAAUCAAACCUAUCACGAAGGGAGAUGAAAUAUUCAAUGAUUAUGGCCAGCUCCCCAGGUCCGACCUUCUAAGGAGAUAUGGAUAUGUCACAAAUGGAUACUCUGCAUAUGAUGUCGCUGAGGUUUCAGCGGAGCUCAUUGUUUCUAUGUUUCGGAACGGUAAGGUUCUAGCAUCGUUGCCAAAGCUCACUCAAGAUGGUUUGAAAACCCGCCUCGAAUUGGCCGAACGAGAAGGCGUUUAUGAAGACUCUUUCGAUCUUGUGCAUUCUAGCUCGGAAGAGCCGAGUAUCCCAGACGAGCUUUUGACAUUUCUGUAUCUCUUGCUGAUUGAUGAAAGUCAUCUUAAAGCUAUCUUGGACUCAGGGAGCAGCCUUCCAAGCCGUUCCAAACUUACCACGGAGCUCGCAGGUCAGGUACUAGUAAUUUUGUUGCAAGCGAAAGAGAAAGAAUAUUCGACCACUCUUGAGGAGGACGAAGUUCUAUUCAAAAACGCAAAUCUCCCGGUUCGAACCGCCAUGGCAAUUCAAGUACGUUCUGGAGAGAAGGAAGUGUUGCGAGCAGCUAUACAAGAAGCAACUACCUUUUCCGGUGAUAAUCAUCGUAUGAGGCUCGCGCCUUCAAAGGAGGGAACGACGAAAAACGCGAAAAGAAAGGGGGAAGAAACGGAACAGCCAAAAAAAAAGGUCGUUCUUGGUAGAACAUCAACUCUUUGA